AUGGCUACCGGUUACUUUUUUUGAAAUUUAAAUUUAUUAAAAAUGGAAAAGUGAAAAGUGACAUCCAUCCAUCAAUCAAGUCUAAUCAACCGUCGUACUCCUCCACUCCUCCACUUCUUCACUUUCAUUUUCUUUUAUUGUUCUAUUUGUCAUUCAUUUUUCCAUUUUCAUCUCUGCUAGGGCAAAGUUCUUCCUCUUCCAUUUUCUUUUCAUUUUCCAUUUUGUUUUUCCAUUUUCUAUUUUCGUUUGAGGUAGUAAAACCCGUAUUGUACAUUGUGGUGACUGUGGUGUACAUUACUCGAAGUGCCAUUGUUGGAGUUGUUAGAGGGGGGUGUCGACCGUGAGUUAUACAUUACUCCGUUCUACUUUACAUACAUUUUCUUAUUGACAGAAAAAAAAUAUAUUUUUGAAGGGAAUGUGGUGUUUUUCCAUUUUCGUGUACUUAAUAGUUUCAUUUUGUCUCAGGUGUGGAGGGUGAGGUGGUGAAGGGAGUUUGCAUAUCUUUGUGGAGGUUUAUAAAAUGGUAUUUAAACGGAAGAGGGGGGCUGCUGCAGACAAAAAGGAUGCAGCAGAGAUAAAGAAGAAGGAUCCGAAGGAAGCUUGGCCGAAGUACUACCAAGCCAAUUUCUAUGCUUAUGCUGAUGCACACAAAGAGAAACCUAAAGCAGAUGUGCUUCGUAGUUUUAAGGAGCAAUUCAAGCUUCUUAGCGAUGAAGAGAUUGACAAUUGGGCUGCAUACGAAGUCGAGGCUUCCCCCGCCAAGGUUGGUGGUAGAGGGAAAGGGAAGAAGGUGAAGGAGACAUUAUCUGCUGAGCCAGGGAUUGACAACAACGAAGGUGUGGGGGACGUUCAAGUUUCUGGUCGUUGCUCAUUCGAGCGUUUGGGGAGAAUAGUCCCACUGCUCAACGAGGCUCAAAAAGAAAUGGUGAGAAAUGCCGGUUUCUCAACAUUUUUAAGGGAGGAUGCCCCGUACAUAGACGCUAAGAUAGUUAGUUGGCUGAUCGAUCACGUGGAUCCAACCACUUCUCGGCUGGAGAUAUUUGGAAGAACAAUCCAACUAUCCUCCAAGCUGUUUGAGGAUGUCAUGGGAAUCCGGGAUGGCGGAGAACCCGUGGCAACCGAAAGUGAGCGUGACCUGGUUGAGUUUGACGUCCUCUUCAAGGCCAAGGACUAUAGGUAUUCCCUGACUUUGCUGGAGAAUGAGCUCAGGGAAACCAGCGACAGUGACUACCUGUUUCUCAUUAAGUUUCUCCUUCUUGUAUAUUUGACGCACGUAGACUGGACUGCUACUCACAUGGACCGAACUGUGGCUCCAAUUGACUUUUGGACCACAAAACACUGCAAGUCAGUGUACAAGUGGAUUCGAGACCAGGGUGGUCACACAAGUGGAAAGGUGAAGUUGACUAACACGUAUGUGUUACUGCCAAGUUUUGAAUCCGCUGCAGUUGGGCAACCCACAAAUGACGCAAUAUACAAAGCUGUGUGUGAGUUGAAAGAUGAGGUCUUUCGGCUUGAUUUGAAGGUGAGCAGCGCAAAAGAGCUGUUACUGAAGGUACUCUCCACUUACCUUGGGAAGGGGACCAUGAAAGAAGUGUUGGAGAUACCUGAGACGAGCAAAGUUCAGCGCUCGCUUUUGUUCAACGGGGAGACCGAGAAGAAGGAUGACGUGGGUGUCGAGGAAAAGGAUGGUGAAGGGACGAAGGAUGACGUGGGUGUCGAGGAAAAGGAUGGUGAAGGGACGAAGGAUGACGUGGGUGUCGAGGAAAAGGAUGGUGAAGGGACGAAGGAUCAAUUGGAAGAGGAUGUUGAUGAUGUAGAGAGUGUCCCUUCACUUAAUCUAUCAGAAGAGAAGGUCGUUGUUCCAACUAAGGUGGUUGUUUCUGAUGAUUCGUUUGAGAGGAAGUUGAGCAGACAGUGA